GUCGAGUGCGAGGGAUCCGGGACAUCAACGCCGCCCCCAAACACGACGGCAGCGACGGUGGCGGAUCCAGUCAAAGGUGCAGACCAGCAGGAGGCAUGUGGUCUGCCCUCGUCACCGCUACCGCCGGCGCCCCCACCACCACUGUCGCCACUGCCAACGCAGCCCUCGCCGCCGCCUUCGAGUGCAGAUACCGCUGUUGGUGCUGCUGCUGCUGCUGCGGCGGCGGCGGCGGCCGCUGCUGCGCAUGGCGACAACGGAGGCAACAGCGCUGACCUGCUCAUCAGGCCUGCCCUCGACGGUGUUGGUGGCAGCGGCGCCAGCGGCGGCGGUGACGACCCCUUCCCCCCCGCCGCCGCGGAGCAGGUGUUGUCGGCUCUCGUGGGGUUCCUGCAGCGGGUCAAUGCAGGGCUGCUGGCGGGGGCCUGCUGCUGAGAGCGGGCUGGCGGGUGGGGGCGGGGACCUGGGAGGCGGGCAUGUGCUAAGGAAACUGGCCGCGCGUGUCUUUCUGCGCUGAGUCGGUAGGAUGUCGGGUUGUCAUCCACCUCGGCACGGGUGGAGUUCCUGGUGCCCAGCUUGUCAACAUAAGCACCAUCAGCAAGCCGGUCUACCGUGCGUUCUAUGCUAGGACUGUUGGUGUCUGUUGUGGAACAACGUGUUGCAGUUGUCGCAGUUGGGAUUCCUGGUAGCAUCCAAACUGGUAGCAUCCCAACUGGUUGCAUCCCAACUGGUAGCAUGUGGCGUGCCGUGGUUAUUGCGCUGUUGCUCAGGCGCAUGCUGCUGUGCUGGGUGGCGGGAUCACAAUGGGGAAUUAACUUGUCAUAGCGGGGCACAACCCGGUAUUGGGGUUGAGGAGGAAGAGGUGCAGCAGGGUAGGGAGUGGGGGGUGAAGAGGAGGAAGACGCGGGCAGGUUAGGCGCUGGGAGGCCGCCAUGCAGGGCCAACAUAUUCGGAAAAAGUAUGGAUGGGAGGGAGCCCCGGGGAGCGAGUUGUGAAUAGGGGCUGGGAUUGAGCGCUGUGUCGGCAUGCAUCGAUACAUGCAAACGUUGCUGACUGCUGGGUAUAGAAAUAGUGUAUGGUGUAGACUGCCCCGAAGGUAUCUAUGACCCUGCCUGGUAUUACCCGGCCUGCCACGAC